AACAGCAGAAGAAGAAGUAGAAGAAGAAGAAGAAGUAUAACGUGUAUGAAGCUGAGCUGGCUCAUUUAAAAUAUCUAUUUCAUAGCGAUUUAAGAGCAAAAACCACAGAUUUCUGGGAUGGAGAAUGACAUUCUCGUCUCUCUUGAAGAUUUAGGGUACCAGGGCCCUCUGCUGGAGGAAGGAGCUCUGGACGGUGCUGUGAGUGGAGGAGCAGCUUCCCCCGAGUUUACAAAGCUUUGUGCCUGGAUCGUCUCAGAGCUCCGACUCUACUGCAAGCUGGAGGAGAAUGUCCACGCCACCAACUGUCCGAGUGAAGCGGAGAGUUUCCAGCUGGAGAUGAGCGGCCUGCUGUCGGAGCUCAUCUGUCCCUACUCGGUCCUCAGCAGCCGGGACAUCGGCCAGAGGUUCCUCAGCAGGACCGACUGUCUGCUGCUGCUCAGUUUUCUGGUGUCUCACUUGGAGGCGUCCAGGAUGAUCCUGGUUAACGAACCCGAGAAGAAGACCCAGGAGUCGGGCAGCCCCGUGUUCCAGGAGCUGAAGGGGAUCUGCAUGGCUCUGGGCAUGUCCAAGCCUCCAGCCAACAUCACCAUGUUCCAGUUCUUCAGUGGCAUCGAGAAGAAGCUGAAAGAAGCCCUGAGUAGAGUCCCACCAACCCAAGUAGGAGAACCUCUGCUGAAGAAAGCCCUGGGACCAGUUCACCUGGAAAAAAUUGAAGCUAUAAACCAAUCACUUGUAAAUGAGUACGAAGUGAGAAGAAAAAUGCUGCUGAAGCGUCUCGAUGUGACGGUGCAGUCCUUCGGUUGGUCCGGCAGAGCCAAGACGCAUGCUGAGAAGUUGGCCAAAGUCUACCAGCCGCUCCGUUCUGCUCUCGGCACCAAAAGUAAAAUCUCCGUCGCCCACCUCCUCGCCGCUCGACAAGACUUCUCCAAGAUCCUGCGUACGAGCAGCGGCAAGAUCAGAGAGAAGACUGCUUGUGCCAUUAAUAAGGUCCUAAUGGGCCGAGUCCCGGACAGAGGAGGCCGACCCUGUGAGAUCGAGCCUCCUCCUCCAGAGAUGCCCUCCUGGCAGAAACGCCAGGACGCUCCUCAGGGUGGAGGACACUACGGUGGACACGGAGGAGGAGGAGGAGGCGGCAGGGGCGGCUACGACAACUACUCACAGUCCGGCCGCGGAGGGUACGAGAGAGGAGGACAUGGAGACCGGGGAGGUAGAGGAGGAGGAGGAGGAGGAGGAAGAGGAGGGAAGGUGCAGGGAGGCUGGGGAGACGGAGGAGGGAGAGGCAACUACAACCAGGGCCACUAUCAAGAUAGAGGAGGCUACGGAGGAGGAGGAGGAGGGAACAACCAGGGAGGCUUCCAGGACUACCACGGAGGAGGAGGAGGAGGAGGCGGUUACCAUGACAACUACCACCAAGACGGAGGCUGGCAUCAGGAGAGAGGCGGCGGAGGAGGAGGAGGAGGAGGUCGAGGCGGUCGUGGAGGCAGGGGAAGAGGAGGCCGAGGAGGAGGAGGAGGAGGAGGAGGAGGACAAGGAGGCUGGGGAGGAAGAGGGGGUCAGAGUUUUAACCAAGGAGGACAGUUUGAACAGUUCUUCCAGCACGGCGGGCAGCACUACAACCAGGCCGGCUUCAACCAGGGCAAACACUACACCAGUUGAAGAAACAGUCGGGGGUCAUUUCAGCAGAGUCCACUCACAGGAUCGACUCGUCAUGAGUGAACAGCUUUAAAACAUCGUCUGGUUUAGAGUUUCAGCAUGGUUAAAAGUGGUUAAAACGUUAAACGAGAGCCUAGAUGCACAAAUAACACAUACAGCUGCAUAUAAGCUGCAGAGAGGGAGCGUUCCCAUGGAGUCCUUUGCUUUCUCAUACUGGUGUGUUACUGUUACAGAUAUCCAAGCCAAAAGCUUCAAGCUAUAAUUAGUCGAUUAGUUGGACUUUGCUGUUCUAACCUCAUUUUGACACUUUAUUAGCCUUAUAUUUGGACAGGAAGGAGGUCCUAACGUUUCAUUUGUUGGUGCACUUGUGUGUCUAAUGACUGAAUAAAAAAAAAAAAUCCUUAAUAGUUUAAUUGAAUUGCUUGAAAACGGCUUCAUCUCUAUUCCAGUUUUUGGUUUUGUUACAAUAGAUUUGACUGGAAAUCUCCUUUUGUUUCUUAUUUAAAAAAAACUAAAAAAAACCUGUCAUCUUGUACGGCUCAUGGAAGAUUGUGUGCGUACAGAAUUUGGAUGUUGGAAGGUUUGCAUGGGUGUGUGAAUGAGCAAUAAAAAAAUCUGAAAUGAGAACAUUA